AUGUUGAGGUUCCUCUAUGCUGCCUUCUUCUCCUGCCUGUUGGCCACAGAAGCCUGGGCUCACAAAGCUGGAAGACUUGGUUGUCACCUACACUCUUUCAACGUCACCGUCCGGAGUGACCGACAGGGCGCCUGCCGGGGCACUCGAGCCAUCCAGGCCUGUGUGGGGUACUGUGAGUCCAGCGCUUUUCCCUCCAAGUAUUCGGUGCUCCUUGCUAGCGGCUUCAAGCACAACAUCACCUCCGUCUCCCAGUGUUGCACCAUCAGCCAAAUGCAGACGGUGAAACUCCGUCUGCGUUGCAAUCUCGGCUUGCAGAAAACGGUGGACAUUUUCACCGCCAAGGCCUGCCGGUGUGACGUGUGCCGCCUCUCCAGAUACUGA